AUGCGCCCGGAGGUGGAGGAGGUCCUCAAGAGCCCCCGCCGCGGCCGCGCCAAGCUGCACAAGGAGGGCGGCGGCGAGGAGGACGACGCCGGCGCGCGCCCGCGGUACGACUGCGCGUUCCAGGACGAGGAGGGGCAGCAGGGGUUCGCGCCGCCCGACGUGGUGUGGUGCAAGGUGCGGAGCCACCCCUGGUGGCCGGCCCAGGUCUUCGACGCCGCCGACGCCUCCGAGCUCGCGCUCCGGCACGCCAGGCCGGGGGUGCCCCUCGUCGCCUACUUCUGGGACCGGACUUUCGCCUGGAUGGACCCCCCCGCGCUGCGCCCCUUCCGCGCCCACUUCCCCCGCCUCGCCGCCCAGAGCACCGUCUCCAGCUACGUCGCCUCCGUCGACGCCGCCCUGCAGGAGGUCACCCGCCGCAUCGAGGCCGGCCUCUCCUGCACCUGCUCCCCGCCCGCCGUCGCCAGGAAGCAGCAGAUUCACAACUCCGGGAUCAGGGAAGGGGCCUACGGCGCCGUGGUGGACGAGGUGUACAUGAGGGACACGUUCCGUGCCAAGCCCUUCAUCGACUACAUUUCGGCGCUGGGGAGGAGCCCGCUGGCCGGCGCCGAUCGUCUCGACCUUGCCACCGCCAUGGCACAGCUCAGGUCAUUCAACCGGUUGAGGUGUCCAAUGGAGCUCCCUGAGUUUGUCAUCUACCAGGGGAUUGAGGACGUUGCUGCUGCUGUUGCUCCUGAGGCUGAGGCUGAGGCUGAUGCUGAUGUGGCAGCAACAUCGCCGCAGACAAAGAGGAAGAGGACGGAGGAGAAGGGCGGCGAUGCUCCGACCAAGGAGGAGAAGAAAUCGAGGAGGCGUGGCGAGAGCUCGUCGCCCAAGAGAGAUACUGCUGCAAAGGAACCAGAAGUGGCCAUUGAUGUUGAGAACAGCACUCCUAUGCCCAUGGACAGGAUCAUGGACACCUCCGAAGAUGCAGCGGAUAAGGGAGAAGCUCCUGCAAACAAAGAUGCUGACAUGGUUGUUGAGGACACCCCUCCUAUGCCCAGUACCAAGCAAAGGAAGUCAAAGAGAGGUAGCAAGGCUUCAGCUGAGAAAAAGAAGAAAGACACCCCCAAAGACACUGCAGAUAAGGGCGAGUCUCUGCCAGAGGCAGAGCCUGCCAAAGAAGAUGAUGUGAAUGAGGACAGCUCUAUGCCGAGUGUGGAGGCGACAGAUGAUACAUUGAGCAAGCAAAGGAAGUCGAAGAGAGUUAGCAAGAGUGCAGCAGAGAGCAAGAAGAAAGACGCCUCCAAAGACACGGCAGAUAAGGGCGAGUCUCUACCAGAGGCAGAGCCUGCAAAACAAGAUGAUGUGGAUGAGGACAGCUCUAUGCCCAGCAGCGGGGCGGCAGAUGAUAUGUCGAGCAAGGGAAGUAAGUCAAAGAGAGCUACUAGGAGUUCAGCAAAGACGAAGAAGAACGACACCUCCAAGGACACAGACAAGACAGACUUUGUAACUGAGCCUGCAAAGGAAGUGGCCGAGAACGAGGACAGCUCUAUGCCCAGUUCAGAGGCGGCAGAUGAUACAGUGAGCAAGGGAAGAAAGUCAAAGAAAAGUAAGGGUUCGGCAAAGACGAAGAAGAAAGAUGCAGAUAAGAAAGAGUCUCUACCAGAGCCUGCAAAGGAAGUUGCCGAGAAUGAGGACAGCUCUAUGCCCAGUGCAGAGGCGACAGAUGAUACAGUGAGCAAGGGAAGAAAGUCAAAGAAAAGUAAAGGUUCGGCAAAGACGAAGCAGAAAGAUGCAGAUAAGAAUGAGUCUCUACCAGAGCCUGCAAAGGAAGGUGCUGAGAAUGAGGACAGCUCUAUGCGCAGUACGAGGUCGGCAAAGAAGAAGAAGAAAGACGCAGGUAAGGAGUCUCUGCAAGAGCCUGCAAAGGAAAAGGCCACUGGUGAUGGCAGUUCAACGCCGAGUAGAGGGGCGGCAGAUGAUACACCGAGCAAGAAAAGGAAGUCCAGUAAGAAGAGUUCAGCCAGGAACAGGAUCAUAGACACGUCCAUGGAUGCGAUGGAUGGCAUUUUGAGUGAGAGAAAAUCAGGGCGUAGGCUAAGGUCCAGCCACAAGAUUGUAGAGGCUUUGGAGGUUAUGAAAUGGCCGAGGAAGAAGGAUGCUGGUGAAACCACAAAGGUAAAAGAUAAAGAUGCUACUUUGCCCAAGGAGAACGAUCUAGGGCGUAGGGCGGGCUCUGCACGCCACAAGGAUAAAACCACAAUCACAAAGGAUGGGGAUGGACUUACAGUUUCUCCUCUCAAGAAAAGGUUGCACCUUGAUGUACUCUCAGCAACAGAGAAUCCGCCCUUCGCAGUCUCAGAGCUUGGCAGGAAGAAGAAGACGCUUAUUGAACUUCUGGCAGAGACAGCUACCCCUAACCCUUCAGCAGGUGGUAAGAGCAAGGCUCGAGCUGAGCGCCCCUUGCCUUCUUCAGUCCUGAAACCUGAGGCUACACCGAACACCAGAGGGAAGCGUUCUUUGCCUGCUUCUACUGAGACACCUGAGGAUCCAGGCCGUGAUAAGGAUACAAUGAAGACCAGAGAGAAGCGUUCUGUGGCCGCAUCAACCGAGAAACCUGAGCGUGAUACGAGAAGUACAUUGAAGUCUAGAGGAAAAAGUUCUUUGCCUUCUUCCGCCGAGGAACCUGAGGACCCAGACCGUGAUAAAAAUGAUACACUGAAGACUAGAGGGAAGCGUUCUUUGCCUGCAUCAGCUGAGAAACCUCAGGAUCCUGACCGCGGCACAAAGGGUACAGCGAAGACUAGGGGUAAACGCUCUCGGCCUGAAUCAACUGAGGAUCCUGACCGUGUUACAAAGGGUACAGCGAAGACUAAGGGGACAAGUUCUCUGCCUGAAUCAACUGAGGAACCAGAGGAUCCUGAUAACCUUGUUAUGAAGGAUACAAUGUACACCAGGAAACGAAAGAAGCUCGACACAUUGGGGGAUUUGUCUUCCCAGCCACAGCCUGUUUCUCCCAAGAGUUCCACGAAAUCUCGAGAAGUGAAGCGCAAAGCUGCUGGGCAGAAGUCACAGGCAUCUCCUGUUGUCAAAGCCAAUGUUGGCAUAUCAGGCGAUAUGUCUUCCCAGCCAGAGCCUGUCUCUUCCAAAAGGUCCGCAAGGCGCAAAGCUGCUGAACCGAAGCCACAGGAAACCCCUGUUGUCAAAGCUAACGGUGAAGCUUCUCAGACGAGGUCGCGUAGGGCCAAAAACAGUGAAGUAACUGUUCCAGACAAGCCUCCACGCUCUGUUAAGCCGGAUAAGGGCAAGAAAGGCGCCGUGGCAGAAGGCUCUCCGUCUUGUGGUGAAAUGCUGUCACAGCUUUGUGUCGGAGCAAGUGAUGUUGAGAAGAUGGCGAAGAUCACCCCUACGAGCGCUGGCUUCUUGACUGAUUUCCUGAAGAGCGCUCGUGCCUGUACUUCUGAUGUGGAGGAGGCAGCCAACACAGACUGCGAUGCUUCUAGUCCCAAUGCUGACAAGGAGAUACCUGAGAAGGCAGCAGCAGACAAAGUUUCUAGUCCCAAUGCUGACGAAGAGAUACCUGAGAAAGCAGCAGCAGACAAGAUUUCUAGUCCUCAUGCUGUCGAGAAGAUACCUGAGAAGGCAACAGACAAUGUUUCUAGUCCUCAUGCUGACUUGGAGGUGCCAGAGGAGGCUGCAGACAAAGUGUCUAGUCCUCAUGCUGACGAUGAGGUGAUACCUGAGGAGGCAGCAGGCAAAGUGUCUAGUCCUCAUGCUGAUGAUGAGGUGAUACCUGAGGAGGCAGCAGAGAAAGUUUCUAGUCCCAAUGCUGAUGAGGUGAUACCCGAGAAGGCAGCAAAUGAAGUUUCCAGUGUCCCUGCUGAUGAGGCGAUGAUACCUGAGAAGGCAGCAGAGAAAGUUUCUAGUCCUAAUGCUGAUGAGGCGAUACCUGAGGAGGCAGCAGACAAAGUUUCUAGUCCCCAUGCUGAUGAGGCGAUACCUGAGAAGGCAGCAGAUGAAGUUUCACUUGCCCCUGCCGACGCGGAGACACUUUUGAAGGUAAAAGAGGAAGUUUCUAGUCCCCUUGCUGACGAGGAGACACUUGAGAAGGCAACAACAGAGAAAGUUUCUAGUGCCACUGCCGACGAGGAGACACUUGAGACGGCAGCAACAGAGAAAGUUUCUAGUGCCCCUGCCGACGAGGAGACACCUGAGACGGCAGCAACAGAGAAAAUUUCUGAUGCCCCUGCCGGUGAGGAGACACUUGAGAAGGUAAAAGAGGAAGUUUCUAGUCCGCUUGCUGAUGAGGUGAUACCUGAGAAGACGGCAGAGAAAGUUUCUAGUCCCCCCCAUGCUGAUGAGGCGAUACCUGAGAAGGCAGCAGAUGAAGUUUCUAGCCCCCCUGCCGACGUGGAGACACCUGAGAAGGCAACAGAGAAAGUUUCUUGCCCCCCUGCCGACAAGGGGAUAGCUGAGAAGCCAGCAGAGAAAGUGUCUAGUCCUCAUGCUGAAGCAGAGAUGUCUGAGAAGGCAGCAGACAAAGUGUCUAGUCCUCAUGCUGAAGCAGAGAUGUCUGGGAAGGCAGCAGACAAAGCUCCCAGUCCUCAUGCUGAAGCAGAGAUGUCUGAGAAGGCAGCAAGGAGCUCCCCUGCUCCGUCAGAGCCGCCGGUGGCGGGUGAUCAUAUGAAGGACGAUUACUGGGCUGACAUUCUCAUAAACGUGGAAGAACCGCUGUCUAGUCAGGCAAAGAAGAAGGACAAGGGCAAGAUGAGAUCAAGCAAGAAGCAGCGGCGUGACGACGAGAUGAAGCAAGAUGAGAUGCCCGCGGAGGAAGCAAAGGCCGAAAGCCAGCAAGACAAGGCAGAGGCAGAGAACGGGAAGGCGAACGGGGCGGAGGAGGACGCGUCGCUGACGGGGCUGGUGCUGCACUUCAGCAAGCCGGGCGUGGUGCCCUCGCGCGGCGACCUCAUCGACAUCUUCAGCCAGUACGGGCCCGUGAGCGAGGCGAGGACGGAGACGGACGAGCACUCGAGCUCAGCCCAGGUGGUGUUCAGGCGGCGCGCGGACGCGGAGGCGGCGUUCGGCGGUGCGGGCAAGAUCGCCGCCCUCAGGCCUGGCCUCGACAGCUUCCGCCUCACCGACUUCCCGUGCGCCGCCGCCGCCGCUGCGUUCCGGGGUGGUGGUAGCUUUCUGUUGGUGUUAAAAGGAGGAGUAAGAGGAGUAAGAAAGCAAGCAUUGUGGCUUGCUGGUGUCUUUUUGGAGGCGGUGGCAUGGCAUGGCAUGGCAUGCUCCCUGGAUGCUGAUGCUGAUGCUGAUGCUGAUGCUGAGAGGCUUCCACAUCUUCAUCUUGCUCUGCUGCUGCACAUCAUCUUGUUCUUGUUGUGGUGCUCCUCCUUCCCGGCCGUCUCACGAGCUCAGAUGCCUGGCUUCCUCAGCAUCGACUGCGGCGGCGCCGCCAACUACACGGACGCCCGGGGCCUGCGCUGGACCUCCGACGCCGCCCUCAUCGCCACCGGCACACCCAUCUCAACCCCCAACACCUCCACCACCGACACCCAGCAGUACACCACCCUGCGCGCCUUCCCGUCCGACGGCGCCAAGCACUGCUACGCGCUCCCCGUCGCCACCCGCGCGCGCUACCUGCUGCGGGCCACCUUCCUCUACGCCGGCUUCGACGGCGACGACGCCUUCCCGGAGUUCGACCUCUACCUCGGCGCCACCCGCUGGUCCCCCGUCGUCGUCUACGACGGCGCCCGCCUCGUCACGAGGGAGGCCGUCGUGCUGGCGCAGUAUCCUGAUGAUCCGUACGACCGGAUAUGGGAGUCGGACAUGGUCCGGCGGGCCAACUACCUGGUCGACGCGGCGCCCGGCACCGUCAACGUGUCCACCGACAAGCCGGUGUUCGUUGCCACGAGCGAGAGGCCGCCGGAGAAGGUGAUGCAGACCGCCGUCGUAGGCACCCUAGGUGAGCUCACCUACCGGCUCAACCUCAACGGCUUCCCGGGCGAUGGCUGGGCCUUCUCCUACUUCGCCGAGAUCGAGGAGUCCAUCGUCCCCGAGACACGCAAGUUCAAGCUCUUCAUCCCUGGCCUACCCGACGUUAGCAAGGCCACCGUUGACGUCGGUGAGAAUGCUCCUGGGAAGUUACGGCUCUACCAGCCAGGCUACUAUAACGUGUCACUGCCCUUUGUGCUCUCAUUUGCGUUUAGAAAGACCAAUGACUCGUCCAGGGGACCAAUUCUCAACGCAUUCGAGAUCUACAAGUAUGUUGAGAUUGAGCCCGGGUCCCCGGACGCGCUGGCCAUGGCGAGCCUCGCGUCGCGGUACACGUCCUUCGGUGAUUGGGCCAAUGAAGGCGGCGAUCCCUGCUGGCCCUCGCCGUGGUCCUGGGUCAGAUGCUCCUCAGAACCACAACUAAGAGUGGUUUCAAUCCGACUUGAUGAUAACAUGCUGACGGGCCCGAUUCCAGACCUCGCCGCCUCUUCGAACCUCUCAAUCAUUCACUUUGAGAACAACCAGCUGACUGGCAGUGUGCCUUCAUAUUUGAGCAGCUUGCCCAAGCUCACCGAGCUCUAUCUUGAGAAUAACAAGCUGUCUGGGUAUAUCCCCAAGGCUCUGAAAAGCAGAGGCAUUAUUUUCAACUAUGCUGGCAAUAUGGACCUGAAGGCAGGGAAUGAAGAGAAGCACCACCUGAUAAUCAUCAUAUCUGCGCUGCUUGGAGUAUCCUUGUUGCUUGCAGUUUCCCUCUGUUGCUACGUGCUGACACGCAAAGCCAACAAAAAGAGCGCACCACCAGAAGAUGACCUUACAAAGGCGGCCCCGCCCGCGCACAAGCUGCAGAAGUCAGACGCGCCGUCGUGCGAAAUCGCCACCGAGACUUGCCAUCCCUUCAGAUUAUGCGACCUCGAAGAGGCGACCAAGAAUUUUGAGAACAGGAUCGGUUCCGGGGGUUUCGGGAUAGUGUACUACGGGAAGCUGCCGGACGGAAGGGAGAUUGCGGUGAAGGUGCCGACGAAUGACUCGUACCAGGGGAAGAAGCAGUUCACAAACGAGGUGUCAUUGCUAUCGAGGAUACACCACAGGAACCUGGUGGCGUUUCUGGGGUACUGCCAUGAAGACGGGAGGAACAUCCUGGUCUAUGAGUUCAUGAUGAAUGGCACUCUCAAAGAGCAUCUCCAUGGGCGUGACAAGCACAUCAGCUGGAUUCAGCGUCUUGAGAUUGCAGAGGACUCGGCAAAGGGGAUCGAGUACCUGCACAGCGGAUGCACGCCGUCGAUCAUCCACCGGGACAUCAAGACGAGCAACAUCCUGCUGGACAAGCAGAUGCGGGCCAAGGUGUCGGACUUUGGGCUGUCGAAGCUGGUCGCGGAGGAGUCCCACGCGUCCACCAACGUCCGCGGCACGCUGGGCUACCUGGACCCACAGUACUACAUCUCUCAGCAGCUGACGGAGAAGAGCGACGUGUACAGCUUCGGGAUCAUCCUGCUGGAGCUCAUCUCGGGGCGGCCGCCCAUCUCGGCCAUGACCUUCGGCGACCACUUCCGCAACAUCGGCCCAUGGGCCAAGUUCUACUACGAGAGCGGUGACAUCGAGGCGGUGGUGGACCCGGCCAUCUCCGGGGAGUACCGUGACGUGCACUCGGUGUGGAAGGUGGCGGAGACGGCGGUGCGGUGCAUCGACGCGGACGCGAGGAGGCGCCCCUGCAUGGCGGAGGUGGUGAAGGAGGUGCAGGAGGCGAUGGCGCUGGAGCGGCCCCCGAGCGAGGCGUCGGCGUUGGAGCGGAGGGCGUCGUUCCCGUUCUCGCCGGCGGGGGCGAGGUCGGGCACCGUGCGGUCCCACGACAUGAUCAUGGACAAGCUGAUGCGGGAGGAGGACGAGGAGUCGAGCUCCUUCCCCAACACCCUCCGUCACCCCGAGCUGCGCUGA